AUGGCUGCUCAACAGAUCCAGUUCUACCAAUACCGGCCAGACUCGGACGCACGGCAUAACGCUGUGUUCACGCCCAUGCCAGGCGAGCAGCCGAUGUUCAGCCCCGUGGCGGCAUACCCUCACCACCAGCAGCAUUAUAUGGCUCCUCAGUACUGGCAAGCGCCUGUUCACUUUGCCCGAGCCCAUUACAUGCCCCAGCAGGUCAUGACCCCCAAGGCGUCUCCGCCGUUGGCGCUGGCCAUGCCGAUGCCCAAGUUCAUGGUUGAGCACAAUAGCCCGAUGGAGCACGGCCACUUCCACGAGAGCCGACACUCUUCACCACCCACGCCUGGGCUGUCGGUGUGCCCCAGCACGGCCAGUAGCCCACUGGCCAGCAGCGUGCACCAGACGCCGGUGCACGGCGCAGGGUACUUCCACCAGCUGCCUCUGGAGGCAUCGAAGGAAGAGAUGGCACCUCUGCCAUUCUUGGAAGAGUGGAUGGAAAGCGGACAAGUGCACCUUUUCCCGCAUCCUGGCGAUGCCAAGCUCUUGCCCAGCAAUUCCAAUUCCACCUCCACCUCCGGCUCUCCCUCAGCGCAGUUUAACUCGUUCGCCUCCUGCGCCUCUGGCUGCACUUCGCCUUCACUGACCCCUGCUUCACCUCAAUCGCUGGUCUCGCCCUCGUCCGCCUACCCCGUGGCCGAGUUUGUCAACCUGCGAGAACUCAGCUCCAGCUCCUUUGAGUCUGUGCCAUCUGCCGCCGUCCAGAGCUUCCCACCUUUGCCCACCCUGUCCGCCGAGGACGACGAGCACAAGUUUGCCCUGGGUGCGACUGCGUUCCCCAUCACGCCUGAGCAUGACACGGUCGAUCCCUUCACUCUCCCCCAGAACCCAUCUUUCGAGGCCUCCUUCUGCAGCGAACUAGAUUCGGAAGACGAGUUCAGCUUUGUCAACUUCACUGACGCCGAGAUUGCCUACAACGGUGACAAGAGACAGAAGUUGUCCUUGGUGGAAGAGGAGGACUUCUUGAGCGUGCACAGCUUUGGCAGUUUUGAUGAGGACGACCACGCCGCUCACGCCGGUCUUCCCUCUCCUCCUGCGUCUUCUUUCUCCGACGCCGGCUCGUGCUGUGCGACCAAGACGAAGUCGUCAUCUCAACGCAAGAUGAAGCGCAACAACUCUAUGGAUAGUGACUUUGAGUUCCAGCACAUGACCGAGGCGGAUGCAUCCAUGAACACCGAAGGCCAAACCAACUCCUCGGCCACUUCCCAGGAUCACCAAAGCCCUACGGACGAUAACAACGCCUCGAUCAACGCCGACGGCUCUGCUCAAUCGCAGCCGACCCCCACCAACCGCCGGGGUCGCAAGCAGUCCUUGACUGAAGAUCCAUCCAAGACUUUCGUCUGCACGCUUUGCUCUCGUCGCUUCCGCCGCCAAGAGCACCUCAAGCGUCACUACCGCUCUCUCCACACGCAUGACAAGCCAUUCGAAUGCAACGAAUGCGGCAAGAAGUUCUCUCGUUCUGACAACCUGGCUCAACACGCCCGUACCCAUGGCAGCGGAGCCAUCAUCAUGGGAGUCUUGGAGAAUGGCGAGCUCCAGCCACAUCAGCCCUACAACGAGGAGAUGGGCCACGUGCUCUAUGAGGCCGCUCAACGCGCCGCCAUGGCCACUUCCUCCAGCAGCAGUGGCUCCGAGAGCUCUUCUUCGGGAGACAGCAAGCGCGCCCUGAAGAAGAGAAAGCGAGACGAGUCUCUGUAA